GGUUGUGCGCAGGGAACUCCGAAAAGUUCAAACUCUGUCUCUCUACUUCAUACGAUAAUUUAAAAACUUAUAUUAGCUUUAGAUAUCGAAUAAUCAAUUUAUCUAUAAUGUUGUAAUAGAGAAUUUGCAUUUUGAAAUUUGAAGUGAAGUUGCUUUAUAAUUAUUCUAGGCAUCUAUAUUUCGAGCUUUCUACGUUAAAUUACUCGGGCCUUGAAAGUUGCAUCAGUAGCACUAUUUCCCUUUUUUGACGUUUUUUGACUUGAAUUGAAUAGCAACAUUCUUGAAAGUGCAUAAGAAAGAAAAGGGGAGCAACUAAAUUGUUUGAAGAUUGUGGCCUUCUGAGAGAUGUUGAACUUAACUGCAUGUAACACUCUGAGAAGUUCAUAGAAAAUAAAAUUCACUUCAAAGCAGUUGCAAUAAUGGCCAAAAAACAAUCCAAAUCCGUCUCCACUUUAAAAACUCAGAAGAAUGAAGCAACACAAUCUAAGCUCCCUUCACGCACCUGUAAAGCCAAUGCAGCCAUCCCUGUUGUAGCAACAAAACAAGACAAGCCUGUUACUAAAAUUAGCAAGAAAUCAGUCAUUAAAGAGGGCCCCAAAACUCCAAAAGCCAAACCCCUUCCUAACAAUGUUCCUGAUAGCAAUAAAAGCAAUGAAAGAGUGAAAAAAACUGGUAAACUGUCAUCAACUCCAAGCUCAUCUAAGGUUUUGUCCAAAAUUGCAAAAAAGACACCUAAGCAGUCAUCAACUGCUAGUAAAAAUGCAAAUGUUUCUAUGAAAACCCCUCUACUUUCAAAAAGAACUACAGCUAUAAAAGCAAUAAAAACAAAUGAUUAUUCUAUUCUGGGUGGGAGAAAAGCUUCUAUGGAGAAGAAAAUUGGUCAGAAUGCAAAAAAAUAUAAGAAAAAUAUUGACAAAACUGUAGAGGUUUCUCAAAUUUCUGAAGAAUCUGAAAUUCUUGGACCAGUUUCAACUCCUGCUGCACCUGUCUCUGUUUCUGGUGACAAUAUCAAGACUGCAAACAUUUUGCUUCAACCAGCAGCAAAAGCUGGUCGUGGAAAACCGAGAGGGAAAAAGAUUCCAGCUGGGAAAACAUCUGCCACAACUCGAGUUACAAGGACACAACAAAUUUCCCAGUCUAAUAGCACUUUGUCUCAAGACCUACAAGUAAAUGAGAGUAUUUCCUCAGGCAAAAAUACCGUUCAGGCUGGUAGACACAUUGAAGUGAACUCUGUGAAACCCCUGAAAAGAAAAACAUCUAAUGCAAGUGAAAUAACUUCUCCGAGCAAAAAAGUUCUAAAAAUUACUUGUGAAAGUGUUGCAAAUUCAAAUGAGAUGAAGGAUUCAGGAGUUGCUGUAAUUACUGGUGAAAUAACUCCCACAUCAAUGUCUGUUUCUGAUAGUCUUUUUCAGGAUUCUUGUCCUCCAGAACCCAGCUCGAAUGCGCUAUCUAAAGUCGGCCGUGCUAGCAUCUUUGAUUUGUCUUCAAUCAGUGCCACAAAGUCACCUAUCAUCCGGACAAGAAAAGUGAAUCCCAAGUAUUUAGAUUCAGCUGUAAUACCAAGUACAUUUUCAUUUAUGAAGAAUACCAUAGAACAAGGCAAAACCACCCCUGGCAGUACUGGUCCUGCAAAACUAUCAGUAUCUGUGCCCACACCUCGUAUCUUGGCUAAGGAUAUCACCCACAGGAAUGUAGUCACAACACUGGAAGAGUCUUCUAACACUAGUGAGCAGGAGGUAUCUGAGGUGACUCGUCCUAGUAAGCCCAUGUUGGGUGACAGGCGUCAGAAAAAAUUAUUGAAGACAACACUCAGCAAAGUUGACCUGAAUUCCAAUGUGUCCAAUGCCUCCAAAAGUGAGCACAGUGAAAUCAACAGUCCAAGAAACAUUGAGAAGACUUUGAAAAAGACUACUGUAAAGAAAACUGUCAAUUCUCUGAAAGGGAAGAAGGCUGGUUCAGAGACUAAUAAUAAAGUCGAAGUUUUAGAGUCAGUCAAUUCUGUGAUAAGGAAGAAGACUGCUUCAAAGUCAAACGCUAAAGCUAAAGUUGUAGAAGGCCGUACAAUAUCGGAAAGUUCAAGGGGCUCAAUAAACAACAAAGUCAAUGAUGCAGUUGAAGAAUCACCCGGCACCAUUGUUAAGCUGUCACAGUUUCCCAUCAAGCUUGCUGUUUUCAGGUCUCCAUCUCAAAGCACUUCUCUUGAGGACACAACCUUUAAACCUAAAAUAAUCAACGCAGAAAACUCAGUUGUUGAACAGCCACGUCUGAGUAAACGGAAACUACUUGCUUUGGCUCUCAGGGAAGGGAAGCUGAAAAAAGUAGUGAAUACUAAAACUGUGGAGAAACCUGAUGUCAAGUUUAAUGUUCCUGUAUUAAUCAAGUCACGCAAUGUUGUUCUUGAAAAUAGUCAUGCAAUUCCUUCUUCUGCCAAGUCAAAAUUGCACACACCUCCCUCUACAUCUGAGUCUGCAUUAGCAGAGUCCAAUUCAACCCUAAUGAAAAAGCCAAUUUGGGCUCAUGCAAUUUCUCCCAGUAAGAAGGCAAAAAGACUUUCAAGCACUCGCUCUGUCACGCCUGUUGUUCAGAAAAGCAGCACAGUUUUUGAGUUCUCAUUUAAUUCUGAAGAAGAAGUGAGGGAAAAAAAGGUCGUUAAACCGAAAAGAGGAAGGCCACCAAAGCCAAAGGUUAUUCAAAAGAACUUUAAGCCACUUAGUACAAAAACUAAAAUACUCACUAGACUCUCCCAACGCCCGACGCUACGAGAUUAA